AAUUUUUCAUGACCCGCCAGCCAAAAGUUACCAAGUUUUGAAGAAGGAACGCAGAUAGUCUACAGCAGUUCUUUUUCCCGUCUCUGGUGUAUAACUCUCCAGCUCCACUCAGUCUGCUCGAUUGGAUUCUACUAGUCGGUGGUGAAAAUGUCGGACAAGGGAGGCAGAAUGUUUACAUUGCCCACCAAAUCAACAACCAAAUCUUCUCUCAAAUCAUCUUCUGGAAAAGAUGAUAGUUCAGCAAAAUCAAAGAAGGGAAGGAAAGUUCAGUUCGGAACUGAAGGUUCACCUGAUGUUCAGUUUAAUUUCUCAUCGGGAAAAUCUGAUGGCAAGUUCGCAACCCCUUUCGGUAAAGGUGGAAAAGGAGACAAGGUGAGCAAUGGUGGAAAGACUCAUGUGGCCAAAGAAUCACAGGCAUUGGAGCUCAGAGUUGAACAGGAACUUCCGGAAAAUGUUAAAUGCAUUAUGGAUUGUGAGGUUGCUAGUAUCUUAGAAGGCAUUCAAGAUCAAAUGGUUGUACUCUCUGGCGAUCCAACUAUUAAGCUCCCCGAAUCAUUUCAUUCGGGACUGCAGUAUUCGAAGGGUGGUAGCCGUUAUACCAAUUCGCAGUAUGUUCGAAAAGUUCUUCAAUCUCUUUCAAAACAUGGUGUCUCUAACAGUGAGAUUUGUAUGAUUGCAAAUACCUGUCCAGAAACCGUCGAGGAAGUUUAUGCUCUCGUCCGAUCCUUGCAGGCCAAGAAAAGCAGGCUCAGCGAACCACUGAAAGCUGCAUUGGACGAGCUAGCUAAACUUAAAACAUCAACCUAAUGGUAUGCGUGGAUCCUCUGGAGCAGGGGACGUGCUUAUUUUUUUGCGGGAGAAGCCUUCCCGGAAUUGGUUUGAUAGAAAUAUUCUCGUGUCGUCCGUCUCCAUUUCAAUGACAGGGGAUUAACUAGACCUUGUGUGCAGGAUUUGUUUUACUGUUGGAAUAUAUUAUCUUAUGAUAUGAGUUUGUAGUCGAAAUAGAGAUGUUUAAUGGUGACUGCUGGAUUUUAUAACUGUUGGAAUGUCAUUAUGUUAU